AUGGAUUCAAAUUGGACUUUCCACGUUGGUCUUCGAUCACCAAAUCUCACGAACACCACCGUGAGUCUCCAAGAGAACUUCGAAAUUGAUCUUGAAGAUACCAACUGGAUCCUGACAUCAUCCUUCAUCAUAUUCACCAUGCAAACAGGUUUCGGUAUGUUGGAGUCUGGCUGCGUGUCCAUCAAGAACGAAGCUAAUAUCAUGAUGAAGAAUUUAGCAGAUAUAUCACUAGGCGGUCUGACUUAUUGGAUAUUUGGCUACGGUUUAUCUUUCGGUGAUGGGCCGCUGUCGAAUCCGUUCAUCGGUGUGGGAAACUUCCUGGUAGACCCACCAGUUGGAGAUGCCUUGAUGGGUCCAGUCUUCGCUUCCUUUUUAUUCCAACUUUCCUUCGCUACGACUGCCACUACUAUCGUCAGUGGAGCUAUGGCUGAGAGGUGUAACUUCAAAGCCUAUUGCCUGUUCUCGUUUCUGAACACAAUAGUGUACUGCGUUCCCGCUGGUUGGGUGUGGGGUCAACACGGCUUCCUCAACAAACUUGGUGCAGUGGACAUCGCUGGCUCCGGGCCCGUACAUCUUAUUGGAGGAGCUUCAGCAUUUGCAUCAGCGCUAAUGCUGGGUCCAAGAUUGGGAAGAUACGCUCGUGGUAGCGCCCCACUACCACUUGGGAAUCCAGUGAAUGCUGUGAUGGGCACUUUCGUACUAUGGUGGGGCUGGCUGGCGUUUAAUUCAGGGAGCACUUAUGGGGUGAGCGGUGCUAAAUGGCAGUACGCAGCUCGAGCCGCUGUUAUGACAAUGAUGGGAUCAUUUGGAGGCGGUUGCUUUGGACUUUUGUUUACGCUAAUCAAAAAUAAAGGUCGUGCUGACGUCAUGGAACUCAUCAACAGUGUUCUUGGCUCACUCGUUUCCAUAACAGCCGGAUGCUUCCUGUACCGGGCUUGGGAAUCUCUGGUGAUUGGCAUGAUAGGAGCUGCUAUAGCUUCAGCGGCUACACCACUUUUUGAUCGUCUAAGGAUUGACGAUCCCGUGGGAGCAUCUGCUGUUCACGGGGCUUGUGGGUUUUGGGGUGUCUUAGCUGUGGGUCUGUUCGCUGAUAAUCCAAUACCGAUGGAAACUACAAAUGGGAGAUCCGGGCUGUUUAAAGGCGGCGGUUGGUAUUUGCUUGGGGUCCAGGCCCUCACUGGGGUCUGCCUGGCCGCGUGGGGUGCUCUAGUGACGAUGGCGUUGUUGUGGUUAAUUGAUCUCGUGCUGCCGAUAAGAAUGGACCCCUAUGAAGAACUAUUGGGAGCAGAUCUUACCGAACAUAGAAUACGACAUGGACAGGUGGGUGUUACGCGAGCUGUUUCUGCUUUACGUCCUUUCUAUCAAUCUCCAAGUGUUGAACGUGUAGGAGGUGUUGGGGUCAAUACAGGUCACGAUCUCGUUGUGGACAAACUACACGAGUAUUCCAGACGAAAGAAGAAUAAGCUACAUCCAGAACUACAGGUGUAUCCGAACAAUGGGUUUAUUGAUGACGGCUCCGAACCUUCCUUCAAGAACAACGGGUUUCUUAACAAGAGACCUGGAAAUCCAGAGAACGAUUUACACAGAGCUUUAGACACCAUGAUCAAUGAAAUAGAUGGCAGAAGUUCAAAAAGAAGAGAUACCAGUUUAAGAAAAGAAGAUUUCAAAGGAAAGAAGUUCAAAGAAUUAUCUGUUCAUGAGCUAGAGGAACUAGAAGAAAUCAGUGCAGCAGAAGAUAGAUUCAGAUAUAGAUUCACAGAAGAUGAUUAUAGGAAUGACGUAGAGAGGGGCUGUUCUGCCAACCCUACUUUAAGAUGGAUAGAUUAA